AUCUUCUGAAUUCCCCUUCUUGUUGCUUAUUCUCGAUUAGAACGUUCAUUCAGCCGACCUAGGCAUUUCUCGCAAGGUUAAUAUCGCUCUACACAGAUUCUAACUUCUUCCUUCGCCAUGGCUUCCCUUCCUCCGGUCUAUAUCGUGUCUUACGCUCGUACUCCCGUGGGCUCAUUUCUGGGGUCUCUUUCAAGCCAAACUGCCCCGCAGCUGGGUUCGCAUGCAAUCAAAGCUGCGCUUGAAAGAGCCGAUGGGAUCAAGCCUUCCGAUGUCCAGGAAGUGUUCUUUGGAAACGUACUCUCUGCAAAUGUUGGCCAGAACCCUGCUAGACAAUGUGCACUCGGUGCUGGUCUUGAAACAUCAACCGUUUGUACUACUGUCAACAAGGUGUGCGCCUCGGGAUUAAAGGCUGUCAUUCUUGGAGCCCAGACUAUCAUGACUGGAAACGCGGAUGUCGUUGUGGCUGGUGGAACUGAAUCCAUGUCGAACACUCCUCACUAUCUUCCCAAUCUUCGUACUGGAGCUAAAUAUGGCAACCAAACCAUGGUGGACGGCAUCGUGAAGGAUGGCUUGACGGACGUGGGCAAGCAGGAGCUCAUGGGGCUACAAGCGGAAGAGUGUGCGCAGGACCACGGUUUCAACAGGCAACAGCAGGAUGAUUACGCCAUCCGAUCUUACGAGAAAGCUCAAGCUGCCCAGGCUGCUGGUCUUUUUAACGAUGAGAUUGCUCCUAUUGAUCUACCCGGUUUUAGAGGCAAGCCUGGUGUUACUGUAACUCAGGAUGACGAGCCAAAGAACCUCAACCCUGAUAAGCUUCGCGCUAUGAAGCCCGCUUUUAUCCCUGGCACCGGGACAGUGACAGCUCCCAACUCGUCUCCUCUUAACGACGGUGCUGCCGCAGUUGUUUUAGUAUCCGAGGCCAAGUUGAAGGAGCUUAACCUGAAGCCGGUCGCAAAGAUUCUUGGCUGGGGUGAGGCGGCACAGCAACCCAGCAAAUUUACAACUGCCCCAGCACUCGCAAUUCCAAGGGCGCUCAAGCAUGCCGGUGUCUCUCAGGAUGCAGUCGAUGCAUUCGAGAUUAACGAAGCUUUCAGUGUAGUUGCCCUCGCUAACUUGAAGCUCCUUGGACUUUCUGAGGACAAGGUCAAUAUUCACGGAGGAGCCGUGGCUAUCGGUCACCCUCUUGGUGCGAGCGGUGCCCGUAUCCUGACAACUUUACUCGGAGUCCUCAAGGCUCGGAAGGGCAAGGUUGGCUGUGCAGGUAUUUGCAACGGUGGGGGUGGUGCCAGUGCUCUGGUUGUUGAGUACAUCGCUUGAUAAGGUCAUUUGUGCCUUGACUCUGCCCUCUAAAUACCCGGCUUUCUUGCCAUGAUCUAAUGUAAACAC